AUAAAGUCACCUUUGAAUAGUUGCCGGUUGUCGAAUUGGAUCAUUCAAUCAAUUUGGAAAUUUUUCGUGAAAAUGUCACACUGACGUUGUAGUAGGUUCAGUUUUUCAAGCGACACGCACCUCGAACGACGCAUCCUGCAGACGGACGUCACAGCGAAGUGUGUCGAGCUCCUUGCUUCACCGGAACAACUUCUACCAAAAUAUACAAUUUUAUUGAAGUCACAUUGAACCAAAUCCUCUGAAAAACGGUGAAGAAGGACGCUUGGCUCUAUAAGAGGUGAAAUAUCAACAAAUCAAUGCAGUAAUAAAACGCAGAGGAUAUUGAGUUGAAUAGUUUGCACAGUUAUGUCUCGUGCACCACAACAUGCCCGCCCAAAUGUGCCGCCCCCAAGCGUGAACUUACAUCAUCACCACCAACAACACCAACAUCAGCAACACCAGCACCACCAAAGUGCCGGGGAACGCGUGCCGUCGCAUCUGCAACCGCAGCAACAGGCGGUGCCCGCAACGUUGGCGGCGCAUGAUGACUACUAUUACGAGGAGGUGCAGGAGGAAGAGUACCUCAGCGACUAUGCGGCGGACGAGGCGGACGAAUGCGAGGAUCCGCAACAAAUGUUGCACCCGCAUCAACAGCAUCAGCCGGCCACUCAACCGCCGCCGCCGCACGAAAUCGAUCCGAGACGCGCGGACGUGACUGAGUUGUAUCGUCGCCAGUGUGGCGACAUCUAUCCGAAUCACACGGUUUACCACGUGCCGAUUGUCAAUACACAAACGCCACAGGAAUACUUUUAUGACCCACGUGUGCCACAAACACAAUCUCAGUUAAGAGUUAUGCAACCACCUAUACACGCUGCUUCUAUGGUAUAUCGAAAACGCGUUGUUCCUGUGAACGCAACCACAUCAACUUCUUACCUUCGUGUUGCACCUCCACUUUUACAACCGCAAGCUUCUCAAACGUGUUAUUUGACCAGUGAAGAAGCACUGGCGUUGAGACAUCAGCAGCAACAACAGCAAUACGAACAAUAUCUGCAUAUGCAGCAUCAGAAGAAUAUGCAACUUCAACGCCAACAGAAUUUGCUGCAUUUUCAGCAACAGAAACAAAUGCAACAUGCGCAGCUUUCUCCGCAGGAAGUCUAUCGAAUGCCAAAUGUAACGAAUUUAAGCACGAGAAACAUUGGCACUGGCAGGACUGGAUCCAUGGUGCGGUUGGAGUCACGACCGGAAAGACAUGUGCAAACAAACAUGGCGCAGUUCAUGGACGUGAACAACUCGGAAGUUGUUAAGAACAGUAAUAUUAAUAAUAAUAUUAAUAAAGUGACAGUUGCUAGUGCUACAAUGGUGGAUAGUGACACCAGAGUGCAGCCCAGGACAAAAAGUUCACAACAUGGCGUCGGGGCAACACGUCGACAUCCGGUUACUGUACGGACACCUAGAUAUAUUCGUAGGGCAGUCAAUCCUAACCUUUUCAAGCGUCCGUCAACUCUUUGCUUGCCAUUGGCUGUACAACCUGAUCCCGCCCUCUAUGGAGCAACAGCCGUCAAUCCACGCAGAUUCAAACGCAAUCAACAUGGAAACGACGUGCAAGUAUCACCAUCACCAAGAUCUCCUGGUCCAGUGUUACCUUUACGAAAAGUGAAUAAUCCACAACAUUCCUACAACAAUACCCAACCAAUCAUGGAAGGUGAACCCUCUGGGAGUUUAAUGGAUAAUAUACAUUUGACAAAACCGCAUAGUUGUCAAGUGGGUCCAGCUGGUCACGCGCCUCUUGAAAGAACACUCCCAAGUGAUACUCAACAAAGACUAGAUUCGAUUUUUCAGCGGUACGAUCGUCUAUUUAGAACGGAAGCUUCGCCAUCUGGUGACGCAAGUGUUAACCUACUAGAAAGACGCGACAAAGGAGAUCCGUUCGAAAAUAUUGAUUGUUUUGAUAAAUUUGAGAAUUUGGCUAAACUAAGCAAGAUGGAGGCUGGAAAUUUUGAUAAGAAGUUUAAUAUGAAUCAAACAGCAAAUACAACUGAUGUAUUCAACCUCAGACCAAGAACUCCGCCAUGCUUAAAACAUAAACAAAAUGAUGAUUCAAAAGUUCAACCUAAUUUGCCUGUUGCAGAAACAUUGCAGGUUGAGGAAAUGACAACAGACAUGUUGGAUGAGUUACUAAACGAGUUAACAGAGCAUGGAUUUAGUGAGAAUUUGAACGAGGAUCAAAAGAGUAAACUGAUUGAUCAAGAAGACCAAAAACAAACAAACACUGAUCAAGAAGGUGAAAAAUAUCAACGAUAUUUACAAGAAAAAGAAGAUAAUUUUAAACUGGAACAAGACAAAAUAACAAAUGAAUUAUUCAAACAAUCAACCAAUAAUGAAAAGAAUGAUAAGGAAUGUCCCGAGAAAGAUAUCCCGAAAAGUUUCACUUAUUGUGAGAUAAAACAAUGUUUGUCUCCAUCGAAUGACGCCAACAAGAAAGAGAAAGAUCUGUUGAAACCCGAACACGACCUGGACAGCGACGCAGAGAAGGAAAAAGAAAAAAUGCGUGAGCGUGAAAAAAAGCCGGAGCUCAAACGCGCCCGUAAACAAGAGAGUGAGGGUGACAUUUCGAGCAAAAAGUCAAUUUCAUCAACUACUACGACAAGCGCGACAAGACCUGGCGCUAGGAUUAUCCCAAGGAUUAUGGUGGAUGACGCCAUGGAGCUACAUCGGACAAAGAGCUACGUUGUGAAUUUGAUUGACACUGCAUUAAGCAAUCAUUUUGGGACACAAGUUAAGGAUAGCACACAUAAGAAAGACAAAUUACAGGCUAAAAGUGCAAUGCAAAUGCUUAAAAAACAGCCUUCUACAACGUCCAGCAAAGCAUCACAAAAGGACCUAGCUGAGGAAAUUGCGCAUGUACUUUCUGAGAACUACGGAUCAAAUUCACGUCAUUCUUCUAUAUCGAAAGGAUUGUCUCAAUGCUCUUGCAAAUCUUCAUCACACGAACCAAUGUUUGUGAAACAAUUGCGUCAAAUGCGCUGGGGUCACCUAAAGCACAUCCAACAAGAGGUGCGUCGCUUGGAAGAACUCGAACGCUUUCUAGAUUCAUGCAACAUGUCGACAUUUGAAAAGUGCCACUAUCACUAGACCAGACUCACCUUGACCAAGGUCAAACGUGCCAUUUAUGCACUGGUCUGAUGAGGCACUGAAAUGUAUACAAUAUUUUUAUAAAUAUACAAUGUUUUUAUUA